GCUACAAAUCACAAAUGGAAGAGGAUUUACGAGGACUUGAGAUUAUCGAGGAGCAGUGCCAAAGUAAAGAAGCAAGCCAUAUACUUGACACUCCUACUUUAAAAUCAACCUUCUCACAAAAGAUUAAAACUAUAAAGAAGUGAGAGAAUAUCUUAAUAAUUGAUGGAGAUUAUUUCGAAAUAGGGAUUAAAGAGAUGGAAAAAGCUAAUUCAUCCAGGCUUUGUCUCUCUAAUCCAGAUAACCUUGAAAGACUCAUCUCUUUUAUUGAGAGCAAGACAGGGAUCAGCCACUUUGACUGGAAAUCAUUCCAUUCAGCAGAAGAGCCUAAAUCUAAAUAAGAGAAAAUCAUAUUAUAGUGUUUUAGAAAAUAAUGGGUUUGCGUUUGAUAUUCGUGAAUUCAAAUCCAAAUAAAGUCAAAUGCCCUAACAACACUUGUCAACAUUCAAAGAAGGCUUUUGUAACAAGAGUUCAAGCAGAAGUUGAUAUUGCCAUAACAAUGACAGCUAUGGAGCUUGCUCUAGCUCACAGUGAGGAAGUUAAAAAUAUAGUAUUCAUCAUUGGUGACCGGGACUUUUAUGACCUUUUCAAAUACCUCUCUCCAAGGUUUAACACUAAAAUCUUUGGCUUUCGUACUAACCUAAGUGGGAAAUACUUUGAGUUGCUCUCUAUGGACAGCUUCAUUUACCUCAAUGAUUAUUGGAGCCAAAUUGUGUUAUCAAAUGAGGAUGAAGAGUUUCCUCCUUUGGAAUCCAGUGGGAAUAAAUUUAUUGAACAAAGACAAAUAAAUUUCAAAAAGACUCCAAGUGAAACUCCCAAAGUAAGACAAAACGGAGAGAAAGAGCCUGCCACUCCAAGUCAUAAGAAGAGGAGAAAGAAGAACAAGAACAAUUCUAAGCAGCAUAAAAGAGAAGAGGAAAAGAAUAGAUCAGCAGGAAGUAAGGAAGAUCCAGCUUCCCACUCCUCAACUGACAACUCGAUGAAUAUGAUAAACUCACCAAAGAAGAUAUCAAAAAGAGUACAUCUCAAGAACACAGAGUUAGAUAUCUUCAUGGGAAUGGGCCUUGAAGAGUCCGAUAUCCUUGAAAUUUAUCAGAAUAAUGGCAAAAAUUUAGAAGCCACUCUUGAAGCUAUCAUUGAUAGCUUCUAA